CCUCCCCCCCCCCUUCCAACUUUCCCAAACACAUUUUUCCUCCUCCCCAAAAACGCUACCUAUCCCCCUGGAGACUUUCCAUGCCUCCUUCCUUCCUUCUCUCCAAUCCCACUUCCCUCUUCCUGCACUCCACUCUCACUUACUCCGCUUCCCCAAGUUUCCUUGGAUUUCGCGCUCUAAGCUCAUGGUUUAGCUGAUUGUGGGCUGGUUUUGUUGUUCGGAAUCUUUCCGGUUAGGGUUUCCGGAUUCUGAUUUGGACUCCGCAAUGCCGCCGGAGGCGGAAGAAGCGGAGGAGGGGGCGCAGUACUCGUUUGCUAUGGAGUAUAAAGGUCCUCCGGUGAGUUACGAUCUUCCGAAGGCGGUUCCGAUCAACGUCGACAGAAUCCCCGUGGCGGCUGUCGUCGGACAGGUGUCUAUUCCGGAUAAGUUGUCGUUGCCGGUGGUCCAGCCGGUUCUGGCGCCCGGUUCGCUGAUGAAAACGUUCUCCAAAGAGCUCAAGGCUUCCCAGUCGACGGUGUCUCCGACCUCGGUGAUCGCUUUCGAUCGGAGAAGCGAGGACGACACGACGAAGGAGUUGGAAGGGUCGGAAUCGGCGACGGUUUCGCCGGCGUCGGUGAUUGGGUUCGAGGAGAGAGCUGAGGAGAGGGGGGCUGGGUGUGGUGCUUUGUCCGGAGAAUUGAGUAGCUCCGGCGGGUUGGAGUUUUCGAACGGGUUGAAUUACGGGUCGGGUGAGCUGUCCGAUGUGAAUAAUGGUAGCUGGGCUUGGAGCGGAGGAGCAUUGACGGCUCCGAGUGGUGGGAAGGAGAGUUUGGAUUUGAAUCAACCCGAACCCGAUUGGGCUUCCUCCGAGUCCGUUUUGAGCUUGGACUAUCCGUCUUCUCGGGUUUCCUCCACCAAGGCUGUGGACUGCGAUGUGAAACGACCCGCUGUGGUGACGUUUCGGGACAUUGAAUCUGAUGAUGAUGAUGGUGUUGAGGAAGAUGAGGCUGAGGUUGUGCCGGUGAAGCGGGAGCCUCAGAGCAAAGGAAAGAAGAAGUCUUGUUAUAGAUGUCUGAAGGGGACUAGGUUCACUGAGAAGGAGGUGUGCAUUGUUUGUGACGCCAAGUACUGCAGUAGUUGUGUUCUGAGAGCUAUGGGGUCGAUGCCGGAAGGCCGAAAAUGUGUUACUUGUAUUGGAUUUCCUAUUGAUGAGAACAAAAGAGGGUGCUUGGGGAAGUGCUCUAGGAUGCUCAAGCGGCUGCUGAAUGAUUUGGAGGUUCGGCAGGUGAUGAAAGCCGAAAAGUUUUGUGAAGCAAAUCAGCUACCGCCGAAUUACAUUUGUGUGAAUGGACAGCCUCUUUGCCACGAGGAGCUUGUUGUGUUACAGACCUGCUCAAACCCCCCGAAGAAGCUAAAACCAGGAAACUAUUGGUAUGAUAAAGUUUCUGGACUUUGGGGAAAGGAAGGACAGAAGCCUUUGAAGGUAAUCAGUCCCCAUCUUAGUGUUGGGGGUCCCAUCAAGGCAAAUGCUAGUAAUGGGAACACACAGGUUUUUAUCAAUGGCCGGGAAAUUACCAAAGUUGAGCUUCGGAUGUUACAGUUGGCAGGAGUUCAGUGUGCUGGUAACCCACACUUUUGGGUGAAUGAGGAUGGGUCAUACCAAGAGGAGGGCCAGAAAAAUACUAAAGGAUACAUAUGGGGAAAGGCUGGAACCAAGCUUGUUUGUGCUGUCUUGUCACUGCCAGUGCCUUCUAAAUCUUCGAAUCCUUGUGGAGAACCCCUGAGCUAUGUUGGUAGCAGAGUCGUCCCUGAUUACAUUGAGCAGAGAAUACUUCAGAAAAUUCUUUUAGUUGGAUAUAAUGGAUCCGGAACAAGUACUAUAUUCAAACAGGCCAAGAUUCUAUAUAAAGCUAUCCCUUUCUCGGAAGAUGAGCGUGAAAAUAUCAAGUUUACAAUACAGAGCAGUGUAUAUGGCUAUCUUGGUAUACUACUGGAAGGACGUGAGCGUUUUGAAGAGGAAAGUUUGGCUGAGAUCAGAAAUCAAUGUUCUUCUAGUCAAACAGAUGCGAGAGGGAACAACAACAAAACUCUUUACUCCAUUGGCCCGAGACUGAAAGCAUUUUCUGAUUGGCUUCUCAAGAUAAUGGUGUCAGGUGAUUUGGAAGCCAUUUUCCCAGCUGCUACCCGUGAAUAUGCACCAUUGGUUGAGGAGUUGUGGAAUGAUUCAGCCAUUCAAGCUACAUUCAAGCGGAGAAGUGAAUUGGAAAUGUUACCUGGUGUUGCUACUUAUUUCAUAGAGAGGGCUGUUGACAUAUUAAGAGUAGACUAUGAGCCUUCGGAUCUGGAUAUUCUAUAUGCUGAAGGUGUUACUUCAUCUAAUGGGCUUGCUUGUGUAGACUUCUCAUUUCCACCGUCGGCAUCUGAAGAUAACAUCAAUCAUAAUAAUGAUCAGCAGGACUCUUUGCUUAGGUACCAACUGAUUAGAGUAAAUGCAAGAGGACUUGGAGAAAACUGCAAAUGGUUGGAGAUGUUUGAAGAUGUUGGAAUGGUCAUAUUCUGUGUAUCCUUGAGCGACUAUGAUCAGUUUUCUGUGGAUGGUAGUGGGUCCUUUUCAAACAAGAUGCUACAGACCAGAAGUUUCUUUGAAAGCAUCAUUACUCAUCCAACAUUUGAACAUAUGGACUUCCUUUUGAUUCUAAACAAGUUUGAUGUGCUUGAGGAAAAGGUAGAAAGGGUACCACUUACUCAGUGUGACUGGUUUGAUGAUUUCCAUCCAGUGGUUAGCCGUCAUCGGUCCAGCAGCAACAACAGUAGCAACAACAUUAAUAGUAGCCCCUCGCUGGGUCAUCUAGCAGCUCACUACAUUGCAGUAAAGUUCAAGAGGCUAUAUUCUUCUCUAACCGGAAAGAAACUGUACGUUUCUCUGGUAAAAGGGUUGCAGCCUAAUAGCGUAGAUGCAGCUCUUAAAUAUUCAAGGGAGAUUUUAAAAUGGGAUGAAGAGAGAGGCAACUUCAGCUUUGAUUACUCUGUCUAUAGCACUGAGGCAAGCUCUUAUUCACAUUGAUGUCAAACUGAUGAGGCUUGUAAAUGAGUUUGUAUUUUUGUGGGAGACUAAGCAACCACUGUAAAUGUAAUGGUUUGUAUAUGAGCAAUAGAAAGAUUGUUCCUUUCA